AUGGCUUCAAAAGGAAAGGCCAGCAUUUCAAAACUGUCAAUUCCCAAGAGACACACCCAAGGAUCAAGGUCACAAUCAUAUCAAAGCUCUUCAGCCCAAGAGUUUGUGGACAUUCCAGCCAGGACACAGGAUGAUGAUUUUUCCCACAACGACAAUUUUUCUAUCUCUCCUGGCCUUAACGGAUCUUGUCAGUUUGACAGCCUGGGCAACUGGGCCAUCAGCGACGCCAUGUUGACUUGUGCUGAUAUUAGCACGGCAAGCGAGGCCACUGAUGAGUCGUUUGACACCCAAUCACUAUCAACCACUGAUUAUGACAUGCAAGAAUCCCAAAUUUUGACUUUCGCCCCGUACUCUCAGCCCCUAUUUGCAGGAUCUGCAGACCACACUACCUUUUCGGAUAUCAACCCAAUUCAGGAUGCGACCACCAGCUGCGAGAGCCCGCAGAUGGCAUUUAGGAAUUCCCAUGGGUUCCAAACUGUUGCCGGUGCUAUGGGAUUUUCUGUUAAGAAUGACUCAGGCCACAUUGCCAGUGAAAAUGGACAUGAAAAUGAAAAAUGCCAGAUGGAAUUCGACCCAGCUCACCAAGGUAUAAAGAACUCUGACACACUGGCUACCACCAGCCCAUGGUGCCAGUCAAUUAGCGAUGAUACUUCCGCUGGAAAUGUAGUCCACAUGUCGAACCUGUACACCCAGAUACCAGCCACUCCUCCACUCACCGAGGCCGGUCAAGAUAUACCCGUUACUUCAGCCUGCUCCCCUUCAAAUUUUUCUCCUUACACUGGACAUGAUGAUUCUCCUUUUGUUGAUACCGCUUAUCUCUCGGGCCAGAACUUCUCCAUGAACGGCUUCUACCCUCUUAGCCCACCACUGAGCGCCCGCGACUAUAACAGAACUAUCAGACCUUCUAAGCCAGCCAAGAGAUCCAGCUUAUCCACUGAGGCUACCGGUGAUAUGUCAGAGGUAUCCGAUGGCGAUAUGUUUUCUACAUCAGUUUUGAGCUCCAGAACCAAAGAUGGUACAGAGACCAGGAAUCCAAGAGACCACCCAUUUUAUUCCCUCCCACCUGAGACCGACGGGAAGUAUUACUGCCCAUUUGCAUCCAGGGAAAAGCCUUGCUCUCACGCCCCAACCACUCAAAAGUGUGCUUACCAUAAAUAUCUGGAUUCGCACCUUAAGCCAUACAGGUGUAAAGUCCCACAAUGUGUGGACGCCCAUUUCUCUUCCAAUGCUUGUCUAUUCCGCCAUGAAAGGGAAGCCCAUGGUAUGCAUGGCCAUGGAGAAAACCCUCAUCUCUGCCACUUCCCAGCUUGUGAACGGUCAAUUCCCGGAAACGGCUUCCCCCGCCGUUGGAAUCUACAUGAUCAUAUGAGGCGUGUCCAUGACUACACUUCAUCUGACAAGGCCAGCUCUCCUGAAGGAUCUCCAGUCACCGGAACUACUGGGAAGAAGAAAGAUGCCGCAGUCCGCAAAAGGAAGGGUGGCUCACCGAACAGCCAGACCAUGAAGCGAGUUCGCCCUGUUCAAUCUCAAACUGCGGCAGCCCUCAAGCUUGCCCAGGCACACAGCGGCCAGCAGCUUCAAAACGCGGAGAGGAGUUAUUAUGCAUGCCUUGCCCAGCUACAGGAAGAACUCAAGGAUAUCAACCCACAAGACCCCACCCUCCAUGAAAAAGCCAAUGCCAGGCUGCAGGAACUUCACACUCUUAGCCUCAACUACCGCUAUAUCCGAGCUGGCCAGCUUGCUAACGAGAGAGCAUCCAAGUCAUCCUAA